GAGAUGCUCCCUGAACACGUAUGGUCCUGCAUUACUGAAAUCAGUUUGUUGUUUCAAUCGAUAUGUUUCAGUGUUUUGGAUGCGGCAUCCCUCCGGAGACUACAAGAGUCUGUUCCCAUUCUGAUGUGUAAUCUGGAAAAAAUAAUGCAUCCAUCGUUUUUCGAUACAAUGGAACAUCUGAUAAUACAUCUUCCGUAUGAGGCUUUGACUGCUGGGCCCGUCUUCUAUCGCUGGAUGUACAAAUUUGAAAGAUUUCUAGGAGAGCUGAAAAAGAAAGUGACCAACAAGGCACACGUUGAGGCUUCAAUUUGUCAAGCGUAUCUUCAACAAGAAAUCUCAACGUUCUCGUCUUUUUACUUCGAGCGUGACGGCAUCACCAGAAGGAAGAGACCUGCCCGGAACGAUGACAUUGGCGAGGAUUUAUAUGAAAAUGUAGUUUCCAUCUUCAAUUACCCAGGCAGAGGUAAAGGUGCUGCGACACAACGAUACAUCCUGGGUGGGGAAUUGCAAAUUGCGCAUACUUAUAUCCUCAUGAAUUGUCCAGAAAUCUCACCGUUUUAUCAUGAAUUCCGAGCUUCUUUAUCAGCCUUUCCUGAGAAUGAAAUUGAUGCAUUGGUGGACUCCGAUUUUGUAAAUUGGUACAAGUAUCAGAUCAAUAGUCGUGGGAUUGUCGACCCUUUGUUAGUAUCAUUAGCGUGGGGCCCAAGUGCCAGUGCCAAAGUGUGGCGGCAAUAUGUGAUAAACGGUUACACAUAUCACACAGCCGAUUACGGACAGGGCCGACCAACAACGAACAACGGGUUAUGUGUCCCGACCAUCGGUUAUGAUAACUCGGAAACCAAUUUUUUUGGUGUCCUGCAGGAGAUUCUGGAACUUGAGAUGCCUUCUGGUGUGCAAAAAUUGACAUGCGUUCUGUUCCGCUGCACAUGGGUCGAUCCCACACGUGGCGUGCGCAAAAAUCCGAAGUAUAAUAUGAUUGACGUCAACCACUCUCGUGUGUACCCGAAAAAUGAGCCUUUCAUACUCGCCCAACAAGCAGCGCAGAUUUAUUAUGCAGAAUAUCCUUCAACAAGGCGGACACAAAAUCCUUGGGUGUGUGCAUGUCCUGUCCGUCCGAACAAAAUUAAAUCACAAACUCAACACAAGGACGUUGAUCUAGAUGCUUUUCAGCAACAAUUUUUCCAACCUCCGCCUAUUGUUGAGACGGUCAACUAUAACGUCCAAUUAAGUGAUCCAAAUGGCGGACGUGUUGAAGUCAUGCCAGAAACGCACCUUCCGGACCUAACAAUUCCAUCUGAGCGCGAAAUUGAGGAAAUGUAUGUAGCACAACAAAACGCUCAAUAUCAGGAAGAAUGUGAAUGGAUAGACGGUUCAGAUACAGAAGAAGAUACUGUAUAUGUAGAAAAUGAC